AUGAGUGAUAUUUUGUACGGCAAUUCUCUUUCAAAUGGCAAAAAGUCCAAAAGAAGAAAAAACCAUAUUGCCAAGAAUCGAGAUCAGAAUGAAUCGGUUCCUGUAGAUUCAACAUCACAACAAUCUACAAGUGCUGAUAAAGAGGAAGGAAAAGUUGAAUUGAAAAGUGCUGUGAAAACUGUUCCAGAAAAUAAAACAAGUAAUGAACAAAAGGAACAACCAGAGGAAAAUUCAGCUGUUGAAAAAUUAAACACAUCAUUAGAUAAUGAUGCUGAUAAGGGAGACAAGAACAAAUUAGAUGUUGUAGAAGGAACCACGAACAAUUUGCCCAAAAAAAAGAAGAGAAACAAAAAAAACAAAAAAAAGAAUAAUGAAAAUAAUGAAGAAGUAGCUGUUAAGGAAACGAAAAACGUGGAAAACAAGGAUGUGAAAAGUUAUAUAUCCUAUGCUGACAAGGUUACUAAUGGUAAACCUGUAAAUUUAAAAAGCGGUGCAGCAGUUACGCAUUGCAUACUAAGAGUUGAUGUUCCUUUAAAACGUGGUUCGAAAAAUGAAGAAAGGAAAUCAUCUUCAUAUAAAUCGUAUCCAAAAUUUAAUAAGGGAAAAAGAAAUGACGCUUUUGGAAAAAAGUAUAGUAUGGGGAAAGAUUAUUUCAAAAAGGAAAAAUUCUCAACUUUUAAUCAGAAAAAGGAGAGAACAUUGAAUUCUGUUGAAAAAAAGGGAAAAAGUUCUUAUUUUUAUGAGAACAAGGAAAAAAUAUCAAAUUCUGAUGAGAAAACGAAAAAAAUAUCAAAUUCUCAUGAGAAAAGGGAAGAAAUAUCAAAUUCUCAUGAGAAAAGGGAAGAAAUAUCAAAUUCUCAUGAGAAAAGGGAAGAAAUAUCAAAUUCUCAUGAGAAAAGGGAAGAAAUAUCAAAUUUGUAUGAGAAAAAAAAGGAGAGUGCUCCAAAAUCUGAUGAGAAAAAUGAUGAAAUAUUAAAUUUUUAUGAACAAAUGGAAGAACUAUUAUACUUUGAUGAAGAUUUAUUAGAUAUAUUAAAUUCAGAUGAAGAAAAGGAAAAUAAAUGGGAGGUCGUUAAAAAAAGAGACAAAAGAAAGAGAGUUGAUCAUAAAAAGGAAAGUAAAUCAAGCGAAGAUUAUGAAAAGUAUAUAUUAUCAAGUUCUCAUGAAGAUGAAGCAAAAACGUGGACCAUUGUUCAAAAAAGUGAUAGAAAGGUGAAAGUUGAUAAGGUAUCUGAAAAAAAAACCACCUUUAAAGAAAAAAACAAUUUGAAUGGUAAUCAGAAAAAGGAUAAAAUAUCCAACGUUGACAAGCAAAAGGGAAAGACGUCAACGAAUGAUGAAAAAAAAAAAGUGAAGUGUGAUGAGAAGAUGAAAGAAACAUCUAAGGAGGAUGAAAAACAAGUGAAAAGUGAUGAGAACAAGAGGAAAAAAAGAAGAAAACCAAAGAAUAAAAAGAAAAAUUUAAAUGAUCUUGAGAAAGAGGAAAAAACGUCACAAGUUGAAGAAAAAGGAAUGAUGAUAAAUGCAGAAAAGGAAAGAAACUCAAUUGGUAACAAUAAAACAGUAAAGGUAGAUGAAAAAAAAGAAAAUUCUUCAAUCCAUAAGGAAAAAAUAGUAAAUGGUGAUAAUAAGAAAGAAAAAUCAUCAAAUGAUGAUGACAAGAAAAAAAAACCAAAUGAUGCUGAAAAGAAAAAAACACCAAACAAUGCUGACAAGAAAAAAACACCAAAUGAUGCUGAAAAGAAAAAAACACCAAAUGAUGCUGAAAAGAAAAAAACACCAAAUAAUGCUGACAAGAAGAAAACAUCAAAUGGUGCUAACAAGGAAAGAACACCAAAUAAUGCUGAAAAGAAAAAAAACCCAAAUGAUGCUAACACGAAAAAAGCAUCAAAUGGUGCUAACAAGGAAAGAACACCAAAUGGUGCUAACAAGGAAAAAACACCAAAUGAUGCUGAAAAGAAAAAAACACCAAAUGGUGCUAACAAGGAAAAAACACCAAAUGAUGCUGAAAAGAAAAAAACACCAAAUGAUUCUGAAAAGAAAAAAACACCAAAUGAUGCUGAAAAGAAAAAAAACCCAAAUGAUGCUGAAAAGAAAAAAAACCCAAAUGAUGCUGAAAAGAAAAAAAACCCAAAUGAUGCUAACACGAAAAAAGCAUCAAAAGGUGCUAACAAGGAAAGAACACCAAAUGGUGCUAACAAGGAAAAAACACCAAAUGGUGCUAACAAGGAAAAAACACCAAAUAAUGCUGAAAAGAAAAAAAACCCAAAUGAUGCUAACACGAAAAAAGCAUCAAAUGGUGCUAACAAGGAAAGAACACCAAAUAAUGCUGAAAAGAAAAAAAACCCAAAUGAUGCUGAAAAGAAAAAAAACCCAAAUGAUGCUAACACGAAAAAAGCAUCAAAUGGUGCUAACAAGGAAAGAACACCAAAUAAUGCUGAAAAGAAAAAAAACCCAAAUGAUGCUAACACGAAAAAAGCAUCAAAUGGUGCUAACAAGGAAAGAACACCAAAUGAUGCUGAAAAGAAAAAAACACCAAAUGAUGCUGAAAAGAAAAAAAACCCAAAUGAUGCUGAAAAGAAAAAAAACCCAAAUGAUGCUGAAAAGAAAAAAAACCCAAAUGAUGCUAACACGAAAAAAGCAUCAAAUGGUGCUAACAAGGAAAGAACACCAAAUGAUGCUGAAAAGAAAAAAACAUCAAAUGAUGCUGAAAAGAAAAAAACAUUAAAUGAUAAAGAAAAAACUGUUAAUUUUAAUCAGAAAAAAGACGACAAUUUAAAUGUUGAUAAUAAGAAAGAAAACACAGUAAAUGACGCUGAGAAAGGAAGAACAUUAAAUGAUAAAGAAAAAACUGCUAAUUGUAAUCAAAAAAAAGAAGACAACUUUAAUGUUGAUAAUAAGAAAGAAAACACAUCAAAUGAUGAUGAGAAGGAAAGAAUAUCUAAUGCUGAUGAAAAUAUGAAGGAUGAGAAUAAAGAAGCAGAAAAAAAGAAAAAGAAAAGAAAAAAGAAAAGAAAAUCUAAAAAAUCAGACAAUAAGGAAAAUGAAGUUACAUUAGUAUCAAAUGAUGUAAAAUCUGAUCAAUUAGUUCAAGAGGAUAAGAACGAAAUACAAAAUCCUUUAGUAGAUAAUGAAGCUGCUGAUUCAACUGCUGAUCAAAAUCCAGACAAAAAAGUAUUUGUCAUAACAUAUUCAUGGAAAAAUUUAAAGGACGUAAAUGAUAAGGCUAUGAAAUUAAAUCUUGAUGAUCAAAUGAAAGAAUCAAACUAUACAAAUAAUAAUAAGAAUGAUAAAGGAGUCCUUUUAAAUUUGUUCGGUAAACCUUAUUCACUACGCCAAAGAAAACAGAAAAUAGAAUCUGUUGAAGAUUUGGCGAAAGAAUUAGAGAAAAAAAAAAUAAUAAAAGAAAAUCAAAAGAAGAAAGACAAGGAUAACAAAAGAAAAAGAAAAUACAAUAAAAAAGAAAGAAUACAUAAUAAUAAAAAUAAUAGCAAUAAUGGAAAUGAAAAUGGUAAUAACAAUAAUGGAAAUGGAAAUGGAAAUGGUAAUGGUAAUUGUAAUGGAAAUGGUAAUGGAAAUGGUAAUGGUAAUGGUAAUGGUAAUUGUAAUGGAAAUGGUAAUGGUAAUGGUAAUGGUAAUGGUAAUGGAAAUGGUAAUGGUAAUGGUAAUGGUAAUUGUAAUGGAAAUGGUAAUGGAAAUGGUAAUGGAAAUGGUAAUGGUAAUGGUAAUUGUAAUGGAAAUGGUAAUGGAAAUGGAAAUGGUAAUGGAAAUGGAAAUGGUAAUGGAAAUGGUAAUGGAAAUGGUAAUGGAAAUGGUAAUGGUAAUUGUAAUGGAAAUGGUAAUGGAAAUGGAAAUGGUAAUGGAAAUGGAAAUGGUAAUGGUAAUGGAAAUGGAAAUGGUAAUGGAAAUGGAAAUGUUAAUGGUAAUGGAAAUGGUAAUGGAAAUGGUAAUGGUAAUGGUAAUUGUAAUGGUAAUUGUAAUGGAAAUGGUAAUGGAAAUGGAAAUGGAAAUGGUAAUGGAAAUGGUAAUGGAAAUGGUAAUGGAAAUAAUGAAAAUGGUAAUGGUAAUGGAAAUGGUAAUGGUAAUGGAAAUAAUGAAAAUGGUAAUGACAAUAAUGGAGAUAGUAAUAAACACAUAUUGCAGAAUGGGGUGGACAAAAUUAACAGUACUGAAAAUGAAAUACCUAUUCAUAAUAAUAGUGAUAAUAUAAAUAAUAUCACAAAUAAUACGAAUUCAAAUGUAACAUGUGAGGAGAAUAAGGAAUUAAAUAAAGAUGUAAAUACUAAUGAAGAAACGAGUCAGAUACAGUUUCAAAACGAUGUUACACAAGUAUCACAAAUAAACGAACUGACAUUAGAUGUUGAUAACGAAGAUAAUAACAAAAAUUAUGUAGAAACUGAUGAACAGAACAUCGUUGAUCAACCGCUAUUAAAAGAUGAAGAAUAUAAUGAGAUGGAUGAGUCUCAAUUUUAUCUGAAACAAUUAGAAUCAUGCGAAAGCAAUAGUUGUGUAGCUAAUUCCGUUCAAGAUAUAAGAAACGCAUCUUCAGAAAAUGAAAAAGACAUUCUUCCUGUACAUACGUUUGAAUCCUUAAGUAACAGCAAUGAUAAUAUAUUUAGGAUUUCAGAUUAUAUAAGAGAUAAUCUCACAAGUUAUAGACAAAUUUUAAAUGAUCAUGAAUUAGAUAUUCACGAAAGGAAAUGUAUAGAGGAAAUAAUAAAUUUCCAUGAUUCGAAAUUGAAAUGGAUAGAAGAAAAUGAAAAAGUAGAAAAGAAAGAUAAUAACCAAGAAGAGUCAUCAAUAGAGAACAAUAAUAUUAACGAACUCACAAGUAGUGCUGAAGAAAAUAAUGAAGAUAUAAAUAAUUGUUUUGAAAAGUUCAAUAUAGCAUCUAUUGAUGAAAUAGUUGAUAAUAUGAUUGUUGAUAAGGCUCUUGAUAAGGUUGACGAUAAGGUUAUUGAUAUGUUUGUUGAUAGGGUUUUUGAUAGGGUUGUUCAUAG